CUCCGGGAGUUGUAGUCCGCUGGCAAGACUCGCGAGCAAGCGCAGUGGGCGGAUCCGCGCGGGGUCUCGCGGUGCUGACUUCCGACCCGGUGGCCGAGCGAGUUUGGGGAGUCGCGGGUGAGUGCGUCAGCCUCACUGAGCCUUUUUCAAGUGUGCGUCUGAGUCUGCAUGUCUAUGAAAUGCUCACGUCUCUGAUUCCAAAAAGACACACUUUUCACUGGUAUCCAGGAGACCCGCUUCCCAGUGAUAAGAAAAGAGAUGGAAUCUGAUCUGCAGGAUGGAAGUGGCAACCAGUAAGCCAGUUCGUUGAAGCAAACCAUGGCUGCAAUAAGGAGUUCCCAGGCACACCCGUCCCCAAGCAAGGACUCCACACAGAGACAGAAAUCAGCCCUGCACAACAGCGGCCCUGACUAUGAAGCUUCCCGCCAGCGCUUCCGGCAGUUCUGCUACCAGGAGGUAGCUGGUCCACAUGAAGCUUUUAGCAAACUCUGGGAACUCUGUUGUCAGUGGCUGAGGCCUAAGACACACUCAAAAGAGCAAAUCCUGGAGCUGCUGGUUUUGGAGCAGUUUCUGACCAUCUUGCCAGAAAAGAUCCAGAGCUGGGUGAGGGAGCAGUGUCCAGAAAAUGGUGAUGAAGCUGUGGCUCUGGUUGAGGAUGUACAGAGAGCACCUGGGCAGCAGGUCCCGGAAUCUGGGAAGGACUUGAAAAUGCCCAUCGAGGAGACGGCCUCCUUGGGAGCAGCCAGAGAAUCACUGAGAUCCCACCUGAAACAGGGGGUUCUUCCAGAAGAAUGGCCUGUAAAGGGGUCACGGAGCUCACCCCAGAGACCGUGGGGACAGUCAGAAGGUAUUGAGAUCAAGAGCGGGAUUACAAAAGAGAAUUGGAAAUGGGAUGAUACAGAGGAAGCAGAAAUGAGCAAGCCUUUUCAGAGAAAGUCCAGUGAAGUCUUCUGGCAUUCUGAGCUAAAAAGAGGCUGGGCGGGUGCUCCAGUGUCAAGAAGGCAACGAAGAUGUUCUCCAGGGGAGAGUGAGGAGAAAUCCCCAUCCCAGAAGAGAAUGAGUCACCAGAGACUUCGUACUGGGGAAAAGGCCUGUACACAUUUCCUGUGUGGGAGAAACUGCUCUCAGAGUUCUCCCUCUCACCACCAGCCAGUCCCCAAAGUGGAAAAAGCUUCUAAAUGUCAUGAAUGUGGGAAAAGCUUUAGCCGCAGUUCUUAUCUUGUUCGACACCAGAGAAUCCACACGGGAGAGAAGCCUCACAAGUGCAGUGAGUGUGGGAAAGGCUUCAGUGAGCGCUCCAACCUCACUGCCCACCUAAGAACUCACACAGGGGAGAGACCCUACCAGUGUGGGGAAUGUGGGAAAAGCUUCAACCAGAGCUCCAGCCUCAUUGUCCACCAGAGGACCCACACGGGGGAGAAGCCUUAUCAGUGCACUGUCUGUGCAAAGAGAUUCAACAACAGCUCCCAGUUCAGUGCUCACCGGCGAGUCCACACUGGGGAGAGCCCACACAAGUGUGGGCAGUGUGGGAAAAGCUUCAACAAUGGCUCCCACUUGAGUGCCCACCAGAAAACCCACACGGGAAAAGCCUUACCAGUGCUCUCAGUGUGAGAAAAUCUUCACUAAGAACCCUUCCCUCAUCCACCAUCAGGGGGUGCACACAGAAGAGGUUCCCAUAUCCCAGGAAGGAAGGCAUGUGCUAUGAGUGUGGAAGAAACCCGAUGGAUCAAUUCCUUAUGUCAACACGUGUUUCUGGCGCUUCCUUCUGCUUGUCGAGAAUUCUACUGGGCAAUCCCCAGCUUAGCUAUAGGUUUAUUGACAACCGGAUCUUAAGAACCAUGUCCAGGAAUAGGAAUCAGGGUAAGAAUGCUGAACUCUUUCUGGCUCUGCCUGGGACUCCUGGGUCCUGUCUCAUUGUUGAUUUCAAUUCUGUUUGAAGGGGACAAGGCUACAGGAUCCAUAAGUCCUGCCAGGAAACCUGGGUAUGACUGUUCCCAACAGAGAAUGGGGGGGCUAGUGGCCUGAGCACUGUUUCUGGGCCAUGUCAGAGAAGAAAUUCUCCACCCUCAUGGGAAGCACAUCUAAAAGUUAACAGCCUGGAUGUAUUCUAAACCAACAACUGACCUCUGACACCUAAUGUUAGGUACUACUGCUAAUUUAAGAGCAGAUCACUACUCUGUAAUCCAGCCACCACCAAAGAAAGAACAAAGGAAAGGAAGGAGAGGUUAAGCCUCUGGGCAAUAUUAAAUCUGUUUCCCUUGGUGACGUAAUCUCAGAGCUAGGGUAACAUCUAGGUUAAUCUUUGUAAGAUUCCUCAUUUUACCAUCACCUCCACCCCAGUUCCUGGUUUAUUGUCUCUUAUAGUUAACACUUUCUACAAGCUUAUAACCAUUACCACUUCUGUUGACAAUAAAGGUGUUUCUCCCUCUA